AAGAACUCAUAUACGACAUUUAAGUACUAGUAUCAUACAUCCAGUUGACAUCCAGCACACAAUGAACGACGAAGUUUCACGCUCUACAUCUCCCAGUCCUUCUGAAGGAACCCAUUUGAAGUCGGCCCAAUUACACAGUACUUCACCAUUACAAGAAGAGUUAGAUACCUAUGAUGGGGCACACAGAUCUCAAUUCUAUGAAUUGGGUCAGAAAUUACUGGAGGAGAGUAUGGGUCCAGAUCGGCCUCUUAUAUCUCCACCGACGUCAAUGUAUGAGCUCCGGGGAGAGUAUACUGGCGCCCCAUCUUUUGUGGCGCAGAUUGACAGCUUGAUGAAUCAAGGUUACACAAAGAUUAUCCGUACUAAAGGUGAUGGGAAUUGUUUCUACCGAGCUCUUGGAUACGCGUACCUCAGUAGCCUCAUCGAUUCGCCAAACCUCGUCUCUUCUGCAAAAUCUGUAAUUGAAUCGGGCUGCAGAAUGAUGGAACAUAAUUUCAUGGACGCGGAUAUCAUUUCGACUUUCUGCGAACCCCUCAUGGAUCUAGUAGAUGCCGUUGGAAAUCCCGAUCCUACUCAAGUGCUGACGGAUGAACAUCUAUUAUCUGCUUUUCUGGAAGACGAAACGUCUAACUGUAUUGUCACGUACUUGAGACUUUUAACCACAGCCCAAAUACAAUCCGCCAGCGACGAUUAUGCUGGCUUUCUCUUCAAUGAUUCAGGAGAUCCGUUGGAACCCAUCGAAUUCUGUCGGCAAUAUGUCGAUCCCCUCGGGAAAGAAGCAGACCAUGUUCAGGUGGCGGCCUUGUGUCGGGCUCUCAAACUGCACAUCAGGAUCGCGUAUCUUGAUGGCCAUUCUCCAGACGGCCAAGCCCACUUCCAAGACAUCACACCGCCGUCCGGCGGACAGAACAAACCGUUGAUUCUCAUCUAUCGCCCUGGUCACUACGAUGUUUUGAUAAAGACGAACUGAUUUGGUGCAGUAUGAGCCCGCUGGUGCAAAUAUUCCCUGCGUAUCGGUAUGGCAUCUCCAACCUAUGAGUCUGACAUACCUAUAUAUCCUACGCGCACGCAAAUGUGAUUUGGCCGACAUUCGUUCAUGAAUUCGAAUUCUACUCGUCACACGUAGUCAAACUGUUGGCGAGUAUAUGUGGUUCAUAUGUGUUUCAUUGCACGUCACCCUGUCCCGAUCGCCCGCGACUUACACACAUUGCAACCCGCUGGCUCAACAAGAAUGUGCAUAUCGAAUGUAUCUGGGUGUACGUUCAGGGAUAGAUAUUAAUCCUGCGGCCUGCCAG